AUGUAAUUAUUCACAUCUUUAACUAUCAACAAUGAUAGUAAAAACGCUUAAACUAAUUCAACUAAGAAGCAAAAUACGCAAAUAUUCAAAGUUCAUUUAUAUCCUAAGCAAUAUAUAAUAGAGACAAAUCAGAAAGCCAUAACACUGGAUAAACAUUUGAUUAUUGAUAGGGACAAUGGAAAUCUGUAUGAAAAAUCUGGAGCACCACCAUAGAGCAAACACGAAUAAAUGGCUUUUUCUGCUUUCUUAGGCACAAUUUAUAUUCUAAAUGAACCUUUCUUAUUAUUUGUAGAUGAAGCAGAAUUAAUUUGUACAAUAGACGAAUAAGAUAUAUUUUAGAUUGCUUCGGUCUCAUUCUUAUCAUAUAUGCCGAAUAUAAUGUAAUCUGCUAAGGCUAAUACGAUUUUGAAAACGAUUGCAGAGCUAAGGAAAUUAUUGGUUAUGGGUUUCUAUUUUUCUUAUGGAUAUGAUUUGACAUUAUCAAAAGUAAAGCAACAUAUUGAGGAGAAGACUGAUGAGAGGUUCUUGUGGAAUCUGAAUUUGAUUAAAAAUCAUCUUAAAUAAUAAAUUGAUAGAAAAUGGUUGACUACUAUCAUACAAGGAUUCAUAAAUUAUUUUUAUUUGUACAUCAAUGGAAAAAAACUAGAUUUCUAUUUGAUGAGCAGGAGAUCAAGUCAAAGAGCAGGUACCAGGUAUAACGCCAGAGGUAUAGAUGACGAUGGCAAUGUUGCUAACUUUGUGGAAACAGAAUAGAUCAUAUAUUAUAAUAAUCAUUGCUGUUCUCAUCUUUAAGUGAGAGGGAGUGUUCCUAUAUUUUGGAGUCAAAGAGGAUGGUUGAUUGAGACUAAAAUAAUGAGAUCAGCAGAAUUAACCAAAAGGGCAUUUAAGAAACAUUUCGCAAGUCUUUUUGAAGAUUAUUCAAGGGUUAUUUGUUUGAAUUUAAUGGCUAAAAAGAAAAAGGACGAGUAGAUGGUUACACAAGGAUUUGAAGAACAAAUAAAAGCAAAUUCUACUGAAUUAAAUGAAAAUAUCAAAUAUGAGUGGUUUGACUUUCAUCAUGAAUGUAAAAACAAUGAUUUCUCAUUAUCUAAUCCAUUGAUAAGGAAAUUGAUGGAUCAUAUCUAAAACUUUGGAUUCUUUUUGGUAGAAUUAAAAACAAAAAAAGUAGUGUCUGUUCAACAUGGAAUCUUUAGGACUAAUUGUAUGGACUGUCUUGAUAGAACCAAUUUCAUAUAGACCAAGAUAGCCAUGAGUGUUUUUGAUAUAUAAAUUAAAAAAUUAGGAGUGGAUUUCUAAAACUUGUUAAAAAUGUCACCCAUCGAAGCCUUAGAUGAAAAUUCAAGCCAUAUUACAAAUUAUUUUGUUUAGUAUUUCAAGAACAUUUGGGCUGACAAUGGCGACAUGUUGUCAAAUCAAUAUACAGGUACUGGAUCAACUCAUACCAAUAUUACAAGAACUGGAAAGAGAGAUCUCGAUGGUAUUUUAGAUCAUGGAAAAAAAACAAUAGGGAGAGUAGGUGAGUCGACUAUUUGGGAUAAUUUUAAAUAAGAGGCAAUAGAUAUUUUAUUGGGCAAUCAUGCUGAUAUUACUGCCUCAUACAGUAAAUAGAUAGUAGAAAAGUUAAAAUCAAGAUGUUAGGAGUUCUGCAGCUUUUCUGAACGCACGAUUCUGGUGGCAACUUGGAAUGUGGGAGGAGAAACUGUUCAAUAGUAGUAUGAUCUAAAUAGAUAGAUUCUUGAUUACUAAGCUGACAUUAUUGUAAUUGGAUUACAAGAAAUGGUUAAUUCUGCAACUGGACUGGUGGGUGGAUCAUCUUAGUAUCUAAAAAAUUGGGAUAAGUUGAUUGCCAAUAAUCUAAGAUAGAGGGAUAAGUAUAUCUAUAUUAAAUCCAAGGAAUUAUAAGGAAUAGGUUUGUUUAUUUAUGCUAAGGAGAGAUUUCAAGACAGAAUCACAAAAGUUAGUUAUGAUAAAAUCAAACUUAGUAUGUGGGGCAAUCCUUUUACAAACAAAGGUGCUGUAGCAAUUAAAAUGUUUAUUGAUGAUACUUUGGUAUGUUUUAUUAAUUGUAAUUUGGAAUAUGGAGAGAAAAGUCUGGAUACAAGAUUGUAGAAUCUCAAUGACAUUCAUCAAACUCUAUUUAAUCAAACAGGGAUAGGAAAGAAGAAAGAAGAGAAAAUUGAAUAAUGUGAUUAUCGAAUCUUACUUGGAAAUCUAAAUUUCAGAAUCAACCUUGAAAAAGACAAGAUACUAAUAGUUUGUAGAAAGAAAUCAGAUGGCAGAAGCCAAGGAAAUAUUUUAGUAUAUUAUUAAUUUAACAUUAGAACUUUGAAAAAAUAUGAUGAAAUUAAAAUCAAUAGAGAAGAAAAUUAAUAUUUAAAUUAGUACUAAGAGUCUGAUAUUAACUUUCUCCCUACGUAUAAAUUUGAUCCCUUUUCAGAAAGAUAUGAUGAAUCAAGAACCCCAUCUUGGAAUGACAGAAUCUUAGUGGCAUAGAAUGAACAUUGCGAACACUCAUAUCAAUAUUACAAAUCUCAUAAUGUCACUUAUAGUGAUCAUAGACCAGUUAGUGCUUUAAUUAAUAUUAAGACCAGAAAGGAAAUAGCAGAAAAAAAAGCAAACGUUAUAUCAUCAAUUAUUUAAAAUGAAUCAUGA